AUGAAGCUCGCUGGUGCUCUCUUGCUGCUCGGGGCUGCCCUGCUCCUGACUUCAGGGGGAGACUGUGGCCUUUGCCCUGCUUUACAGAAAAAAGUUGAUAUAUUUUUUAAUGGGACCACUGAAGAGUAUGUUGAGUACCUGAAACCAUACAAUAAAGACACUAACGUACUGGAAAAUGCUGCAAAUAUCAAGAAAUGUUCUGAUAGGACGUUGACCGAGGAAGACAAGGCACAGGCAACCAUUCUCAUCAUGAGUCUCUACAAUAAAAUAACAGCUAGCCGGACAUGUUGA